AUGUCUGACGACAAGCCAGAGUCGUUAAAACCAUAUUGGUACCCGAUGCAUGACGGAGAACAAAAUGAAAUUCUUAAAAGUCUGAAAGAAAACGUCAAGAGGGAGAGUUUACUUGUGAAACUCAUAAAUAACACAGUCCGUUUGGUUGCUCUAUUUUUGGCACUCUUUGGUGUGAAAUUUAUAUAUCGUAUGACGCUGUUACUGACUGCUUUUGUAAUACCAGAAGACCAAAACAAGUUCUACGGAAGUCUCUUCUUUGUAUUUUGCGCACUUCUUGUUGCGAUUUACUGGUGGGCUAAACAACCCCAACACGUCUACUUGGUAUCAUUUGCAACAUCUAUUCCAGACGACAAAUAUAAAGUAACGAACGACCAAUUUAUGGAGAUAGUUGAAGGCACUGGUAAAUUUGAGGAGGAACAAGUGGCGUUCCAGAAGAAAUUGAUCUACCGCACAGGCAUUGGAGAGGAGUCUUAUUUACCCGAAGCGUUACACAGAAUUCCUAUUACAACAACAAUGGCCGACGCCAGAGGUGAAGUUGAAGUGGUGAUGAAGAGUGCAUGCGACCAACUGUUCAAACAGGCUCACAUUGACCCAACGAAAGACAUUGACUUUGUUGUGACCAACUGUUCAUUAUUUAACCCAACGCCAUCCAUGGGUGCAAUGUUAAUUAAUAUGUACAAACUGAAAACAACAGUGAAGAACUAUACACUGUCUGGUAUGGGAUGUAGUGCUGGCUUAGUUUCAAUUGACUUGGCUAAAGACAUUUUACAGACAUAUCCCAAUUCUACUGUUUUGGUGUUUUCAACUGAAAAUUUGACGACGAACUAUUACGCAGGAAAGGAAAAGGGAAUGCUCAUAUCAAAUACAUUAUUCAGAAUGGGAGGUGCUGCGAUUCUUCUUUCAAAUAAAUUGAAGCACAAAUUCUCUGCUAAAUUGGAGUUGAUUGAUACACAAAGAAUUCACCACGGGAAGUUCGAUGACUCGUAUAAGUCGGUGUUCCAGUACGAAGACGCCGAGGGCGUCGUUGGUGUGAAAAUUGGAAGAGAGUUGUUGAAAUGCGUCACACGUGCGUUAACACAAAACUUGGGGCUUUUAAUGCCGCGCGUUAUCUCAUACAAAGAAAUGAUCAGAUUUGCUAUAUUCUUCAUCAAGCAGAAGCUCGGGAAGAUCCCAGAAAAAGAAACCUUCCUCCCCGACUUCAGAGAAACAUUCCAAGCGUUCUGUAUCCACGCAGGUGGACGUGCAAUUAUUGAUGGAUUACAACAAAAUUUGAAAUUGACGAAUGAAGACUGUAUGCCGUCGAGAGCAGCGCUGUACAGAUUUGGGAAUACCUCUUCGAGCUCAGUGUGGUACGAAAUGAAGUUUAUUGAGCGUAUUAAUACCCUUCAAAAAGGCGACAAAAUCUGGCAAAUUGCAUUUGGCAGUGGAUUGAAGUGCAAUUCGUGCGUGUGGUUGAGGAUCAAUUGA